AAUUUGGGGCUUCUUCUCCUUGUUGGCUUAGGCAAAAUCCUCAGCUCCACUGUGAAAGAAGACAGAAAGGAGACAUGUUGAACUUACCUAGUUCUCUCUUUCUCUUCUGAACACAAAUAUGACUAUUGUUUCUCUCUUCCAGUUCUUCCUUUGUUCAGUCUACGUUCCCAUGUGCACAGAGAAGAUUAACAUCCCGAUAGGUCCCUGCGGUGGCAUGUGCCUUUCUGUCAAAAGAAGAUGUGAACCUGUCCUAAAAGAGUUUGGAUUUGCCUGGCCAGACAGCCUAAACUGCAGUAAAUUCCCACCUCAGAACGACCACAACCACAUGUGCAUGGAGGGCCCAGGAGAUGAAGAGGUUCCCCUUCACAGCAAGAUGCCCUUGCAGCCAGGAGAAGAAUGUCAUGCCAUGGGAUCUAAUUCAGACCAGUAUAUCUGGGUGAAAAGAAGCUUGAACUGUGUCCUUAAGUGUGGCUACGAUGCUGGUCUCUACAGCAGAUCAGCUAAGGAAUUUACUGAUAUCUGGAUGGCGGUGUGGGCAAGUCUGUGCUUCAUAUCAACUGCAUUCACAGUCCUGACCUUCCUGAUCGAUUCAUCCAGAUUUUCUUACCCCGAACGCCCAAUCAUAUUUCUGAGUAUGUGCUACAAUAUUUAUAGCAUUGCUUAUAUUGUGAGGCUGACUGUGGGCCGGGAAAGGAUAUCCUGUGAUUUUGAAGAGGCAGCAGAACCUGUUCUUAUCCAAGAAGGUCUUAAGAACACAGGAUGUGCUAUAAUUUUCCUACUGAUGUAUUUUUUUGGGAUGGCUAGCUCCAUCUGGUGGGUUAUUCUGACACUGACAUGGUUUCUGGCAGCCGGACUCAAAUGGGGCCACGAAGCUAUAGAAAUGCACAGCUCCUAUUUCCAUAUUGCAGCCUGGGCUAUCCCUGCUGUGAAGACCAUAGUCAUCUUGAUUAUGAGACUGGUCGAUGCGGAUGAGCUCACUGGUCUGUGUUAUGUCGGCAGCCAGAAUCUAGAUGCACUCACUGGCUUUGUCGUUGCUCCACUUUUCACUUACUUGGUUAUUGGAACUCUAUUCAUAGCAGCAGGGUUAGUGGCCUUGUUUAAAAUUAGGUCUAAUCUUCAAAAAGAUGGGACUAAAACUGACAAGCUGGAAAGAUUGAUGGUCAAAAUUGGGGUCUUUUCAGUGCUAUACACUGUCCCAGCUACCUGUGUCAUCGCCUGUUAUUUCUAUGAAAUCUCCAACUGGGCUGUCUUCCGCUAUUCGGGUGAUGAUUCCAAUAUGGCUGUGGAGAUGCUCAAAAUCUUCAUGUCUCUUCUAGUGGGUAUCACGUCUGGCAUGUGGAUUUGGUCAGCCAAGACUCUGCACACAUGGCAAAAAUGCUCUAACAGACUGGUGAACUCAGGGAAAGUGAAACGGGAGAAGAGAGCAGAUGGCUGGGUAAAACCUGGGAAAGGGAAUGAGACAGUGGUAUAAUGAAAACCAAUGUGCUGACUUCCCUCCCCAGAAGGACUGCUCACGUAUAAACAUUUGCAGUAGAAAUGUUGCUGGGAGGGCGGGGGGGGGAGUGAGGCAAUUAAUACAAAAAUUUGUCUCUGAAAAAAACCUUAAAGAAUAAGCAACCAUUUCAAAAGCCUCCUGCAAACAGAAUAGCCAUAAACAAUGCUGCCCAAUAUAGGAAAGCCCAGGGAGGCUUUAAAAGCUGUGAAAAAUCUGAACUUUUUGUUUAAAGCAUGAUGCAAUGUACUUAUGUCUUCAGAAGCCACAGGACCUUACAUCUGCUAGGCGCUGUGUUCCCCAAUCACUUCGUAGUGGGCAGAGGAAAGGAGGUUUAGAGCCAAAUUCUGGGCUGGUUUAGGGUCUAAUUCUCCGAGGUGUGGGGUGUUCUGCACUUCACCUGGCUGUCUUCCCUCCUUUUGAAUUCAGUGUCCUGAAGGAAGUGAUCAGAGCCUGUUAAGAUUUACCCUUAUGUUCUGUGCCUUGAUUAAGCCUGCACAUUUCAUAACACAGCCAAAGAUUAUGUUUUCAGACAAAUGCCAGGGGGAACUUUUGAGGUGUGAAAGCAACAAAUGAACAGUGAAUUGGUAGGGCUUCCUGAGGUGUCAAGAAGGAUGGCUCUGUCGCUCAUUUAACAACCUGAUCUUAAUGUCUAGGAUGACACGCAAUAUAGACAAUACUGUCUAUAGCAUCAGUACUUUUAGGACCUGUGCUUAAUGCCUUUCUUCAAAGAAUAACCACUUGGACUCUGAAGCGUAACAGCAAAUGUGUAGUUUGUGAUUUUCUCUCCCUCUCUGUUCUCCCCCUUUUUGGUCCUUUCAGAUAACCGUGUUUAUUUCCACACACUGACUACUUUAUUCCUCAACAAUUACUAAUUUUAAAUGAAGUCUUAUUUUUAUAGUCCUCCUUCCUACUGCAAGGUGGAGCUAAUGAGGGAAAGUGAAGGAGGGGUCACUUCAGAAUAACACACAGCUUUUUUCCAAGUAAGCUUAUCUGGCUCUCCCCAGAGACCCAUUGCAUUAAGCAAUUAAGACUUAAUAUAUUUCGCUCAGUGUGAUUGUAUCUGUGCAGACGCCAGUCUGGGAGAAGUGAAUUGUUAAGUUUCUUGGCAGCUUCUUGUUCACACAGAUCUUUUGGUAUAAUUGUGUGUGUCAGAUACAAUUAAAAGAACAUUCUCCAGCCAUGACAUAGCAGUACAGCUGACUGUCUUAAAACGAUGGUCUGGUUGCUCGCUGCGAGUGGCAGAACUUUGUUAUAUAUAUACGAAUGCUAGCAGGCAUUCAGUCGUCUUGAACAAUGGAGACAUUUUCCUUUUUGUAAAGGGAUCCAAAGAAAAGCAAGCCAGCGUCUUGGAAACGAACUCCAGCAAGCUUGAAAAUGUUGACUUCGCUGUGAGGUGAUCUGAUCCACUCCCUGACAGACUGAGGAUGCAGAAUCAGAAGUUAGCUUUGAAUUCUGAGGGACCGAGGAGCAGGAUCAUUUGGUUAAGAUAGUGGGGCCAAACGCACGCAGGUCUCCCUCCACUGAUACGGGAGAUCAGUGACCCAGACUGACAGACAUACCUUGGACUUCGUACUGUUUAGCACAAUCAAUCGUUUACAUUUUUUUUGUAACCAUGUAACUUACACAGAACUGAACGGUAAGUGGUGCCUUUUCCAAGUGCCCUUGCAUCUCAAAAUGUGGCUGGACAUCGCCACUGAUCAGUGACAUUCAACAAUAAAUCAAAUCAGGAUGAUACUGAAUUGUUCCAAGGGAGCAUUUGGAGGAUAUAUCCGUUAGAAAUUGUGAGCACUCAAAACACUACAGCAGGAGGCAUAUUAGUGCCUGGAGAGAGAACUCUUCCCGUACUUUUGGAGGGGUUGUGCUAGCCUGAGACCCGGUGAGCCUAGAUUCUUCAAUUGCAGCAAUGUAACAGGUCAGUGGAUUUACCCAGCCAUGAGCUGUUGUAGUCCAGGGAUUUGUGUCUAGUUAAAGCUUGAGGCCCAGUAGUUACGAAGAGCGAGUGUCUGCAACGCUCAUGUUCUCUCACUACAACGUUGUUAUGAAUUUAAAGCCAAAAAAUGUGUGACUAAUCCUUCCUCGGAAGUGCAGUUGCUGUGGUUAUACAGAGCUAGAAACUUUACAGCAGUUACCUUCCCUGCUCUGUCCCUCCUCCCUCUCUUUCUCAAGACAGUCCCACCCCAAGCUGUGUUUUGUGCUGACCACAGGCUUCUGAAAUGCCUGACAGAGGUACAAACUAGGCUACUUCGUGUUAAACAGGCAAAUUAGUUUUUCUUUCUGAACUUAUAAAGAAAUAGACACUGAUUAUUUUUGAGUGUACAGAAAGUAUAUCUACAUUGAUGUAUGUACUGUAAAUUUCUAAUUUAUCACUGUACAAAACUUUGCUAUUUAAUUUUUGUAUCAAAAUAAAUUUUUAACCCUUGUGAAUUAGUAAUAGAUUCUU